CUGAAAUUGGGGAUUUGCCAACAAGAGACCUGUUGAGGGGAGAUACCUGUUCUCUACCAGCAUUACACAACGACAGGAGAGGUAGGAAUUCCCUACCAAUCACAAGCAGCAUUACACAACUACAUGUAAUUAUUCGUGAUCUAUGUACAUGAAGGUAUUACCCUUGUGACAAACUUGAAAGGGUCCGUCUGGAAGAGAUAAGAAUUCCCCACCAAUCACAAGCAGCAUUACUAACACAUGAUGGCGACAGUUGCUCAACGAUUUGAAUCCAUGCUCAGCAAGAUCACACCAACACAAUCAGACAUCGAUACUGCAAUUAAAACUCACACCUACAUGCGAGAGCAACUGCAAAAGCAAGAGUGGAUCAAACAGACAUUCCUGACGGGGUCUUACAAGAGAAGAACUGCCAUUAAUCCUCUCAACGACGUAGAUUUCUUUUGCGAGGUGGAUCCUCGAUGGGCUAGAGACAAAACUCCAGCGCAAAUUCAGAGGGAGGUUCAGCGAGUUUUGCAAGCGAUUUACGGUAGUGUUCACGUUCACAGACAGAAACACUCGCUUGGCGUCGACCUCCCUCAGUCAAUUGGAUACGACGUAAUUCCUGCUGUUCCCGAUGAAGACCAUUACAAGAUAAUCCACAGAGAGUCUGGUGAUGGCAUAUUCAUUCUGUCUAAUCCAGACGUGGUGGAGCGUACUAAGAACGACGCUAAUGCUCACGGUGGACCUGGCGGUAGGAUGUCUCAAAUGAUUCGUCUUAUGAAACAUUGGAACACCAAAAACCACAAGAAAGUGAAAAGCCUUCAUCUCGAGCUUCUCUGCUACAAGGCAUGUUCAACACUAGCCAGCUGCCAGAACAACCGUGAUGCAUGCUGGAAGCUAUUUGAAUUUCUCUCUGCUACAGUACAAGACGACUGCUUCGUGCCAGGUGUUCCCAAAACAGGAGUAUCUGCUGCUCAGCAGAACAACUUGCGUUACUCUAAAACUCCAGCACAACUAGCCAAUUUUGCUGGUGAACUGGGUGCAGCGGCAAGGAAAGCCAAACGAGCUGUCGAAAACGAAAGAGCAAAUCCAGCGGAAGCGCAUCGGAUUUGGCAGGAACUUUUUGGAGUCGACUAUUGACUGCAGCAAGGACUAGACGGUUGAAACGGAUAAUUUUCAAUUAUGCAAUGUGAUUGUCAGUUUGUGUUACAGCGUAAAGCUGAUAUGGUAAUGUUAGCAGUCAAGCAUUAUUAUUAUUAGUGGCCUAUUUUUCAGACGUUUGGCACAACUCUAAAUGCUAUUCGAAAAAUGGUGGCCGGCUGUAAUUUUUAGAUUGUUGUAACGUGCAACACAAAACAUUCCAAAUUUGAUGAUAGCUUUGCCUGA